GCGCGGCGGCCACCGAGAAGGAGAAGCUUUGAUCUAAGAUCUAGUUUAUGAACCAAAGCUGCAUAGGCUCUACAUGUUACAGAAGUAUUGAAAGACUGUUCUGUCAUGAGCACAGACAGUAACUCAUUGGCACGUGAAUUUCUAAUUGAUGUCAACCGGCUUUGCAAUGCGGUGGUCCAGAGGGCUGAGGCCAGGGAGGAGGAAGAAGAGGAGACACACAUGGCGACCCUUGGACAGUACCUUGUCCAUGGCCGAGGGUUUCUGUUGCUGACCAAGCUAAAUUCCAUUAUUGAUCAGGCCCUGACAUGCAGAGAAGAACUCCUGACAUUGCUUCUGUCUCUCCUUCCCUUGGUCUGGAAGAUCCCCAUCCAGGAGCAGCAGGCAGCAGUAGAUUUUGACCUGCCGUUGGCAUCUGAUAUAAUCCUGACCAAAGAAAAGAAUUCAGAUUUGCAAAGAUCUACUCAGGGAAAAUUAUAUUCAGAAGGAAGUGCUCCAUCUGGUCAGGUUUCUGCAAAAGUAAACCUUUUUCGAAAAAGCAAGCGACAGCGUAAAAGUACCCAUCGUUACUCUGUACGAGAUGCAAGAAAGACACAGCUGUCCACCUCCGACUCGGAAGGCAACUCAGAUGAGAGAGGCGCCGUGGUGAGCAAGCGCAGGAGGCCCCAUGUGCUGCCGCAUCUUACGACACGGCCUCCUAAGGAAGACCACCUUUCAGCCAACUGUGAGUCCUUUCCAACUGCAGAGCAGGGGCCUCCUAACACCAUGGAUCUGGAAUACUCCAGAGAGAUCACUCUGAGACCAGAGGCAGGGAGUGAUAUACUAAGUGAGCCAGCUGCCUUGUCUAUCCUCAGUCACAUGAAUAACUCGCCCUUUGACUUGUGUCAUGUCCUGUUAUCUUUGCUGGAAAAAGUUUGUAAGUUCGACAUUGCUUUGAAUCAUAACUCUGCCCUGGCAGCCAGCGUGGUGCCCACGCUGACAGAAUUCCUCGCAGGCUUUGGGGAUUGCUGCAGCCUGAGUGGCGGCCUGGAAAGCCAGGUGGUUUCUGCAGGGUGGACAGAGGAGCCGGUGGCUCUGGUCCAGCGGAUGCUCUUUCGGACGGUGCUGCAUCUUCUGUCGGUGGAUGUCAGCACUGCGGAGGCCAUGCCCGAAAGCCUUAGAAAAAACUUAACCGAUUUGCUUAGGGCAGCUUUAAGAAUCAGAGCUUGCUUGGAAAAGCAGCCUGAUCCUUUUGCCCCGAGACAAAAGAAAACGCUUCAGGAAGUCCAGGAGGGCUUUGUUUAUUCCGAGUACCGGCACCGAGCCCUGCUGUUGCCCGAGCUCCUGGAGGGCACUCUUCAGAUCCUGAUCUGCUGUCUUCACAGUGCAGCCUCGAACCCCUUCUACUUCAGCCAGGCCAUGGAUUUGGUUCAGGAGUUCAUCCAGCACCAAGGCUUCAGCCUCUUUGAGACAGCAGUGCUUCAGAUGGAGUGGCUGGUUUCCAGAGAUGGCAUUCCUCCUGAGGCCGCCACACACCUGAAAGCCCUUAUAAGCAGUGUGAUGAAAAUCAUGAACACCGUCAAAAAAGUAAAGUCGGAGCAGCUGCACCAUUCCGUGUGCAUGAGGAAGAGGCACCGGCGCUGUGAGUACUCCCACUUCAUGCAUCACCACCGAGAUCUCUCAGGGCUUCUGGUUUCGGCUUUUAAAAGCCAGCUUUCCAAAAAUCCUUUUGAGGAGACUGCAGAUGGCGACGUGUGGUACCCAGAGCGGUGCUGCUGCAUCGCGGUGUGCGCUCACCAGUGUUUGCGCUUGCUGCAGCAGGCGUCCCUGAGCAGCACCUGCGUCCAGAUCCUGUCAGGUAUUCACAGUGUGGGGAUCUGCUGCUGUAUGGAUCCCAAGUCUGUCAUCAUCCCUUUGCUCCAUGCUUUUAAGUUGCCAGCACUGAAAAGUUUUCAGCAGCACAUACUGAAUAUCCUUAACAAACUCCUUUUGGAUCAGUUAGGAGGAGCAGAGAUGCCACAGAAAAUUCAAAAAGCAGCUUGCAACAUCUGUACCAUAGAUGCCGACCAACUGGCUAAGUUAGAAGAGACGCUGCAGGGCCACUCAUGUGAUGCAGGCCCUUCCUCAGGCUUGCUUAGUCCUUCGUACAGGUUUCAGGGCAUCCUGCCCAGCAGUGGGUCUGAGGACUUGUUGUGGAAAUGGGAUGCACUAGAGGCUUAUCAGAACUUGGUCUUUGAAGAAGACAGAUUACAUAAUAUACAGAUUGCAAAUCACAUUUGCAGCUUAAUUCAGAAAGGCAAUGUGGUUGUUCAGUGGAAACUCUAUAAGUACAUUUUUAAUCCUGUGCUCCAAAGAGGAGUUGAAUUAGUGCGUCACUGUCAAUACCUCAGUGUCACUUCAGCUCAGACACACGCGUGCAGCCAGCCUAAACGGUGCUUGCCUCAGGAAGUGCUUCAGAUUUACAUAAAAACUCUGCCCGUCCUGCUGAAAUCCAGGGUCAUAAGAGAUUUGUUUUUAAGUUACAAUGGAGUAAACCAAAUAAUUGAAUUAAAUUACUUAGAUGGGAUUCGAAGCCAUUCCCUCAAAGCAUUUGAAACUCUGAUAAUCGGCCUAGGGGAACAACAGAAAGAUGCUUCUGUUCCUGGCAUGGACGGGCUGGAUGUAGAGUGGAAGGAGUUGCCGUCCUCCAGCGCGGAUCCUUCUUUUCACAGCCAGCAGGCUUGUUCAGAUUCUCCGCAGAGCCUCAGCAAAUUUUAUGUCAGUCUCAAGGAAGCUUACGCAAAGAAAUGGAAGACUGUGCAACAGGAUGUGCACAUCAACACCAUCAACCUGUUCCUGUGUGUGGCAUUCUUAUGUGUCAGUCAGGAAGCAGAGCCUGAGAGGGAGGCGGCCAGCGAGUCAGAAGACACUUCUGGCUAUGACAGCACCGCCAGCGAGCCGCUCUCUCGCUUGCUGCCGAGUCCGUCUCUCGGGAGCCUCGUCUUGCCUUCCCCUGAGCGCUUGCACCAGGCAGCAGACAUUUGGUCCAUGUGCCGCCGUAUCUACAUGGUGAGCUCAGUCUUCCAGAAACAGUUCCAUAGGCUUGGUGGUUUCCGAGUAUGCCAUAAAUUAAUAUUUAUGAUCAUCCAGAAACUGUUCAGAAGUCGUGAAGAGGAAAAAGGAAAAAGGCAGGGAGAAAUGAACGUGAAUGAAAACCAAGGAUUAGUCAGAACAUCUCAACAUGAGACGACAUUCAGGGAAGACUUGUCAUCUUUAACUGUAGAAGAGCCCACAGCGUCAGAACUGGGAAGUCUAAAACAGAGUGCUGGCAGCUUAGGUAAAAUAAAGUUACCGCGUGUUUCUUCCACAAAUGUAGAGCAAAUUUCAGAUACUGAAGCUGUUCCCGAGGAAGCAGAGGUUUAUCCCAGUCAAGAAAGUGAGACCUCGCUUCAGAACAUACGACUUCUAGAAGCCCUUCUGGCCAUUUGUCUUCAUAGUGCUGGAACCAGCCAGCAGAAGAUGGAACUGGAGCUGCCGAAUCAGAACUUUUCUGUGGAAAAUAUAUUGUGUGAAAUGAAGGACCAUCUCUCCCAGUCAAAAGUGACUGAAACAGAAUUAGCAAAGCCAUUAUUUGACGCCCUGCUCCGAGUAGCCCUGGGAAACCAUUCAGUGGAUUCUGCUCACGAUGACGCUGUGGCUGAGAAGAGUCAUCAGUCUGAGGAAGAGUUGUCAUCUCAGCCUGGAGAUUUCUCGGAAGAAGCUGAGGAUUCUCAGAGUUGUGGUCUUAAACUUGUGGGUGAGGAAGAAGGUUAUGAAGCAGACAGCGAAAGCAGUCCUGAUGAUGGCGGGAUCCAGGAUGACGGAGUAGACUUAAAGCCUGAAGAAGAAGGUUUCAGUGCAUUAAUUGGUCCAAAUGACCUACUUGAAAACCUCGCUCAAGGAGAAAUAAUCUACCCUGAGAUUUGCAUGCUGGAAUUAAACUUGCUUUCUACUAGCAAAGCUAAACUUGACGUGCUUACUCAUGUAUUUGAGAGUUUGUUGAAAAUUGUCAGGCAGAACGAAAAGAACAUUUUUUUGCUCAUGCAACAGGGAGCUGUGAAGAAUCUUCUAGGAGGGUUCUUGGGUAUCUUAACCCAGGUUGAUUCUGAUUUUCAAGAUUGCCAGAGAGUCUUGAUGGAUCUUCUGGUAUCUUUGAUGAGUUCAAGAACAUGUUCAGAAGAGCUGACCCUUCUUUUGAGAACAUUUCUGGAGAAAUCUCCUUGUACAGACAUUCUUCUUCUGGGCAUCCUGCACAUCAUUGAGAGUGACGCUGCUAUGAGCCCUGCGCAGUACCUCACCUUCCCUUUGCUGCAUUCCCCAAGUGUGAGCGGUGGUGUCUCAUCACAGAAGUGUCCUGGGAGUCUGAACAGCAAAGCCCUGGGCUUACUGAGAAGAGCACGAAUUUCUCGGGGCAAGAAAGAGGCCGAUAGAGAGAGCUUUCCCCAUCGGCUGCUCUCCUCUUGGCACAUAGCCCCAAUCCACCUGCCACUGCUGGGGCAGAACUGCUGGCCACACCUCUCAGAAGGGUUCAGUGUUUCACUGUGGUUUAACGUGGAGUGUAGCCAGGAACCCGAGAGUGCUGUGGGAAGAGGCAGGAAGAUAAAAAGAACAAACAGAUCAUCAGUUCUACCAGACAGCAGUGUCGAAGGCACAGAAGACGACAGACCAGAAGGGGUAGAAUCCAUAAAUCCUGGCUACAGACUCAUAGAAGAAGGCUGCAUUCAUCUGAUUUCAGUGGGCUCCAAAGCACUGAUGAUCCAAAUGUGGGCUGAACCCCACAGUGGCACUUUUAUCUUUCGUGUGUGCGUGGAUUCAAAUGAUGAUGCAAAAGCUGUUUUCCUAGGACAGGCUGAGUCACAGGAGAAUAUUUUCUUCCCAAGCAAAUGGCAACAUCUAGUGGUCACCUACCUCCAGGAGCCUCAUGGGAAAAAGAACAUCCAUGGGACAAUCUCCAUCUGGGUCUCUGGGCAGAGGAAGCCUGAUGUCAUCUUGGAUUUUAUGCUUCCAAGAAAACCCAGCUUGUCAUCAGACAGCAAUAAAACCUUCUGCAUGAUUGGCCAUUGCUUAUCAUCCCAAGAAGAAUGUUUGCAGUUGGCUGGAAAAUGGGGCCUGGGAAAUGUGCUCCUCUUCAAUGGAGCUAAGAUUGGCUCACAAGAGGCAUUUUAUCUGUUUGCUUGUGGACCCAACUACACAUCCGUUAUGCCAUGUAAAUAUGGCAAGCCAGUGGUUGAGUACUCCAAAUACAUUGAUAAGGACAUUCUGCAAUGUGAACAAGUCAGAAAACUUUUUAUGACCACGGAAGAGGUGGAUGUUGGUCUCUUAAUUGAAAGUCUCUCGGUGGUUUAUUCAACUCACUGUCCUGCUCAGUACACCAUCUAUGAGCCUGUGAUCCGACUCAAGGGUCAAGUGAAAACCCAGCUCUCUCAGAGGCCCUUCAGCUCCAAGGACAUCCAGAGCAUUGCGCUGGAGCCCACGCAGCUGCGGAGCCUGCAGCCUUCUGAGUGCAAAACCAUCCAGGGCAUCCUGCAUGAGAUUGGUGGAAUUGGCAUAUUUGUUUUUCUUUUUGCUAGGGUUGUUGAACUCAGUGCCUCUGAAGAAACCCAGGCAUUGGCACUGCAGGUUAUACUGUCUUUAAUUAAAUACAACCAACAGAGAGUUUGUGAACUGGAGAAUUGUAAUGGACUUGCUAUGAUUCACCAGGUGCUAAUCAAGCAGAAAUGCAUUGUUGGCUUUCACGUUUUGAAGACCCUUCUGGAAGGUUGCUGUGGUGAGGAUGUCAUCCUUACCAGCGAGAACGGAGACUUGAAGUUGGAUGUAGAGUCCAGUGCUAUAAUCAAAGAUGUUAAACUGUUGGAGGAGCUACUCCUCGACUGGAAGAUAUGGAAUAAAGCAGAGCAAGGUGUGUGGGAGACUCUGCUCUCGGCUCUAGAAGUCCUCAUCCGGGCCGAGCACCCGCAGCAGCAGUUUAACAUACAGCAGCUCCUGAAAGCUCAAGUGGUUCAUCGCUUCCUACUGACGUGUCAGGUUUUGCAGGAACACAAAGAGGGACAGCUUACGUCCAUGCCCCGAGAGGUUUGCAGAUCCUUUGUGAAGAUCAUUGCAGAAGUUCUUGGAUCUCCCCCAGACUUGGAAUUGUUAACAAUCAUCUUCAACUUCCUCUUAGCAGUUCACCCUCCUACUAAUACUUAUGUUUGUCACAACCCCACGAACUUUUACUUCUCUUUGCAUAUAGAUGGCAAGAUCUUUCAGGAGAAAGUACAGUUGAUCAUGUAUCUGAGGCAUUCUAGCAGCGGAGGAAGGUCCCUGCCCAGCCCUGGGUUUAUGGUGAUCAGCCCGUCAGGCUUCGCUGCAUCGCCAUCUGAAGGAAAUAGUUCCUCCAAUAUUAUUCCACAACAGAUUGCUGCCCACAUGCUACGUUCUAGAAGUCUACCAGCAUUUCCUACUUCUUCCCCACUGAUGCAAACCCGAAAGCUAGCUGGGAGCUUGGGCUCUGAUAUAGACAAGUCACACAACAUCAUAGACACUUCCGAUGCUUCCCGGCCGGGGAAACAGGGGCCUCUGGGGAGUCCCAGUGCACUGCAGACAAGCCAGGAGGAGCAGCUCCUCAGCAGCUGUGAGUCUGCAAAAGCUGCCUGCGACAUGGAAGCUCUUCUCCUAGCCCAGGCCACUGCCAGUGCUGCCCCCAAAGGAACACCGGGGCUUGCCACUGCCAAGGUGGAUCCUAAAGACUUGGGAGCAGAGCCUAGGUCAGAUGAUGACAGUCCUGGGGAUGAGUCCUUCCCACGCCGACCCGAUAACCUCAAGGGACUGGCCUCAUUCCAGCGAAGCCACAGCGCCGUUGCAAGCCUUGGGUUAGCGUUUCCCUCGCAGAAUGGAUCUGCUGCUGCUGGCCGCUGGCCAAGUCUUGUUGACAGAAAUUCCUAUGACUGGGAAAACUUUGCCUUCUCUCCUGGUUAUGAGGCAGGCUACAGCCGAGCUGCAAGCGCUCACAGUGCCACUGAAGACUGCCUGGUUCCAAUCUGCUGUGGGCUGUAUGAGCUCCUAAGUGGAAUCCUCCUCAUUCUACCUGACACAAUGCUUGAAGACGUCAUGGACAAGCUUAUUCACGCAGACACGCUCUUGGUCCUUGUCAACCACCCAUCACCUGCUAUACAGCAAGGAGUGAUUAAACUGUUACACGCCUAUUUUGCUCGAGCAUCAAAGGAACAGAAAGGUAGAUUUCUGAAGAACCGUGGCUUUUCCUUGCUCGCCAACCAGUUGUAUCUCCACCGAGGAACCCAGGAGCUCCUAGACUGCUUCAUUGAAAUGUUUUUUGGACGACGUAUUGGCCUUGAUGAAGAAUGUGACCUGGAAGACGUCAAGCACAUGGGCCUAUUUCGGAAGUGGUCUGUCAUUCCAGUCCUGGGACUGAUCGAGACCUCUCUUUAUGACAACAUACUCUUGCACAAUGCCCUUUUACUACUUCUGCAAGUUUUAAAUUCUUGUUCUAAGGUAGCGGACAUGUUGCUGGACAAUGGUCUCCUCUAUGUGUUAUGUAAUACAGUAGCAGCUCUGAAUGGACUAGAAAAGAACAUUCCUUUGAACGAAUACAAAUUGCUUGCGUGUGAUCUACAGCAACUUUUCAUAGCAGUGACAAUUCAUGCUUGCAGCUCCUCAGGCUCACAGUAUUUUAGAGUUAUUGAAGACCUUAUUGUACUCCUUGGAUAUCUCCAAAACAGCAAAAACCAGAGGACACAAAAUAUGGCUUUGGCUCUACAGCUGAGAAUUCUCCAGGCUGCUAUGGAGUUUAUAAGGAGCACAGCCAGUCAUGACUCUGAAGACCCAGCAGAUGCAGCCCAGUCGCCUUACGCUCCCCACCAUGCCGCGCUUCAGAAGCGGAGAAGCACUGCUGGUUCAAUUCCAAUGAAGGGUUCUGUUAUUCCUCACCUACCAAGACGUCAUUUUGGUUCCUAUGGUCAACUUCCGAUGCCCUUCUUCAGUCCAUUAAGCCAAGACUCCUCCCCUCAGCUGUCUCCCGGAUGCACUUCCUGGGCGGUACCUCCCGGAGCAGGUCCCUGGAAGUUCCCCCUGGUACACACGGAGUCCCUCCUGAUGAAGAUGCGCUCUGUGGCCAGCGAUGAGCUGCACACCAUGAUGCAGAGGCGGGUGCGCCAGGAGCCGGGCCAGGCCACGGACGUGGAGCUCGCCCAGAGGCUGCAGAGGCUGGCCGUCUUGGCCAUCAACAGGAUCGUUUACCAAGAAUUGAAUUCAGAUAUCAUUGACAUUUUGAAAACUCCAGAAAAUGCAACUCAAAGCAAGACUUCACUUUCCCAGACUGAAAUUUCUGAAGAAAAUAUGCAUCAUGAACAGCCUUGUGUUUUUAAUCCAUUUCAGAAAGAAAUGUUGACGUAUCUGGUAGAAGCAUUCAGAGUGUCUGUUGGCUCAAGUAGAACUGGCGGGGCCAAGCAGGGGUGGACUAAAGCCCUGGGGCUGUGUAAGGAGACCUUCCGGACACAACUGGUGAGACUGCUCGCGCAUAUUUUGUCACCAGCCCGCCCUGUGCAAGAGAGAAAACAAGCACUUGAAAUCGUGUGUGAGCCGACUCAUCAGGAAAUACUGCGAGACUGUCUCAGUCCAGCCCCACAACAUGGAGCCAAGCUAGUUUUGUAUUUGUCAGAACUGAUACAAAAUCACCAGGAUGAGCUGACCGAGGAGGAGCAGAGCAGAGCAGAACUGCUACUGAAUGCUUUCAAGUGCUGCGGCCACAGGUGCAUGCCCCCCAGCGCUCCCUCCAAGCCGGAGCUCAUUAAAGUGAUCCAGCAGGAACAAAAGAAAUAUGAAACUGAAGAAAGUAUGAGUAAAGCUUCCUGGCAGAAAACAGUUCAUAAUAACCAGCAAAGUCUCUUUCAGCGUCUCGAUUCAAAAUCCAAGGAUAUAUCUAAAAUUGCUGCAGAUAUCACCCAGGCAGUGUCUCUGUCCCAGGGAAUUGAGAGGAAAAAGGUGAUCCAGCACAUCCGAGGGAUGUACAAGGUAGACCUGAGUGCCGGCAGACGUUGGCAGGAGCUCAUUCAACAGCUGACACAUGAUAGAGCAGUCUGGUAUGACCCCAUCUACUACCCAACUUCAUGGCAGUUGGAUCCAACAGAAGGGCCAAACCGAGAGAGGAGGCGUUUGCAAAGAUGUUACCUAACUAUUCCCAAUAAGUAUCUCCUCAAGGACAGACAGAAGUCCGAAGGUGUGAUCAAGCCACCGCUCGCAUACCUGUUUGAAGACAAAACUCAUUCUUCUUUCUCCUCCACCGUCAAAGACAAAGCUGCAAGUGAAUCCAUCAGAGUAAAUCGAAGAUGUAUCAGCGUUGCCCCAUCCAGAGAGACAGCCGGGGAAUUGCUGUUAGGCAGGUGUGGAAUGUACUUUGUGGAAGAGAGCACCUCCGAUGCGAUGGAGAGCUGCAGCCUUCAGGGAGAGCUUGAGCCAGCAUCAUUCUCCUGGACUUACGAGGAGAUUAAAGAGGUUCACAGGCGCUGGUGGCAGCUGAGAGAUAACGCAGUAGAGAUCUUCUUAACAAAUGGCCGGACACUCCUGCUGGCCUUCGACAACACCAAGGUUCGUGAUGAUGUGUACCACAGUAUACUCACCAAUAACCUCCCCAACCUUCUAGAGUAUGGCAACAUCACUGCUCUGACCAACCUGUGGUACACCGGGCAGAUCACCAACUUUGAGUAUUUGACUCAUCUCAACAAGCAUGCUGGCCGGUCCUUCAAUGACCUCAUGCAGUACCCUGUGUUCCCCUUCAUCCUGGCCGACUAUGUUAGUGAGACUCUGGACCUCAACGACCCGACGAUCUACAGGAAUCUCUCCAAGCCGAUUGCUGUGCAAUAUAAAGAAAAAGAAGAUCGUUACGUUGACACAUACAAGUACUUGGAGGAGGAGUACCGCAAAGGCACCCGGGAGGAUGACCCCAUGCCUCCCGUGCAGCCCUACCACUACGGCUCCCACUACUCCAACAGCGGCACCGUGCUCCACUUCCUGGUCAGGAUGCCUCCCUUCACGAAAAUGUUUCUAGCCUAUCAAGAUCAGAGUUUUGACAUUCCAGACAGAACUUUUCAUUCUACAAAUACAACUUGGCGCCUGUCCUCUUUUGAAUCCAUGACUGAUGUGAAAGAGCUGAUUCCAGAGUUUUUCUAUCUUCCUGAAUUUUUGGUUAACCGUGAAGGCUUUGACUUUGGCGUGCGUCAGAAUGGAGAACGCGUUAACCAUGUCAACCUUCCCCCAUGGGCUCGUAACGAUCCCCGGCUGUUCAUCCUCAUCCAUCGGCAGGCACUGGAGUCAGACCACGUGUCUCAGAACAUCUGUCACUGGGUGGACUUGGUGUUCGGAUGUAAGCAGAAGGGGAAGGCUGCUGUUCAAGCCAUCAAUGUUUUCCAUCCUGCUACAUACUUUGGAAUGGAUGUCUCUGCAGUUGAAGAUCCAGUACAGAGACGAGCACUGGAAACCAUGAUAAAGACCUAUGGACAGACCCCUCGUCAGCUAUUCCACACCGCCCACGCCAGCAGACCUGGCGCCAAGCUCAGCAUCGAAGGAGAGCUUCCAGCAGCCGUGGGCUUGUUAGUGCAGUUUGCUUUCCGGGAGACUCGGGAACAGGUCAAAGAAAUUACUUAUCCGAGCCCUUUGUCGUGGAUGAAAGGCUUGAAGUGGGGUGAGUACGUGGGCUCCCCAAGUGCCCCAGUCCCUGUGGUCUGCUUCAGCCAGCCUCACGGAGAAAGACUUGGCUCUCUUCAGGCACUGCCCACCAGAGCCAUCUGUGGUUUGUCCCGAAACUUCUGUCUUCUGAUGACCUACAGCAAGGAGCAAGGUGUGAGAAGCAUGAACAGCACGGACAUUCAGUGGUCAGCCAUCCUGAGCUGGGGGUAUGCCGACAACAUCUUGCGGCUGAAGAGCAAGCAGAGCGAGCCGCCAGUCAACUUCAUCCAAAGUUCACGGCAGCACCAGGUAACUAGUUGUGCCUGGGUGCCUGACAGUUGUCAGCUCUUCACUGGGAGCAAGUGUGGCGUCAUCACAGCCUACACCAACAGGUUCACCAGCAGCACGCCCUCAGAGAUGGAGAUGGAGUCACAGGUGCACCUCUACGGGCACACGGAGGAGAUAACGAGCCUGUGGGUCUGCAAGCCGUACAGCGUGAUGAUAAGCGUGAGCAGAGAUGGGACCUGCAUCAUUUGGGACCUAAACAGGCUGUGCUAUGUACAAAGUCUAGCAGGACACAAAAGUCCAGUGACAGCUGUCUCUGCCAGUGAAACAUCAGGUGACAUCGCUACUGUGUGUGAUUCAGCUGGCGGAGGCAGUGACCUGAGACUCUGGACAGUGAACGGAGACCUCGUGGGGCACGUCCACUGCAGGGAGACCGUCUGCUCUGUGGCUUUCUCCAACCAGCCCGAAGGAGUGUCCAUCAAUGUCAUUGCUGGGGGCUUAGAAAAUGGCAUUGUAAGGCUGUGGAGCACAUGGGACUUGAAGCCUGUGAGAGAAAUCACAUUUCCAAAGUCAAAUAAGCCUAUUGUAAGCCUUACGUUUUCUUGCGACGGCCACCAUUUGUACACAGCCAACAGUGAUGGGACGGUGAUCGCUUGGUGUCGGAAGGACCAGCAGCGCCUGAAGCAGCCCAUGUUCUUCUCCUUCCUCAGCAGCUACGCGGCGGGCUGAGCGCGGGGGCAGCGGAGCCCGCUCGAGCCUCUGCAGAGACAGACGAGUAAGCAGAUGCCCGGCCGUGACGGCGCCUGCCCUCCCUCCCACAGUGCCCACGCCUGGCCAUGACGGCGCCUGCCCUCCCUCCCACAGUGCCCACGGUCUUGAGAGGACAGCCUGCCCUCAUGCACGAAGAUGAGGAAGACCUACCUGAUCAUGGGCACCAGCCAGAAGCUUCAGGCCUCACAGGGCGUAGUGAACUCAUAGUUUUCAAAGGUGUCUUUCUUCCUUUCUUUCUUCCUUCCUUCCUUCCUUCCUUCCUUCCUUCCUUUUUCUAAACUCUUCUUCCAAAAGAAAUGGUAGCAUUUAAAUUGCUAGCUAUUUAUUUGUACAAAAUAAUAGAAAUGAUAUCUUACAAGUUUUUGCUCUGAGAUACCCCCAUACCUAUACUCAAAAAGAAAAAACAAGCAUUUUCAGGACUCAGUAAUUGCUUUUUUUGAGAAACAGAUUAUUCAGUAGGUGCCUCUGCACCACAUACUUUGUGGAACUUCUGAACACUGAAAAUAAACUGCUGCUGCGUCUCAGCAUUAGGCCAUUGUUGCCACUUGCCUUCUCAGCUCAAAGGAGAACCAGAAUUUUGACAGCGAUGGGCCAGAAUGCAGGUACUGGGGAUUUCAGACGCACCCUAUUUCCUCAUGAAAAUUUCACUUAAGAUCCAUAACACUAGGUACUGCAUAACCUUGCCUGAGUGACUAAUGUUUAAACAAAAUGGUAAAUCUUUUAGCAUCCCGCACUAAUAAUGCCACUUUAUGCAGCAUCGAACGCACUAACCUUCGCCACAAAACCCUCCACAGCCAGGAGGCUGCACAGUGUUAAUACAGCAGAGGCAAAGCGCCGGUCCCAGAGAACUAGGACAGAGACGGGCAUGAAAGGCAGGAAGGCUCUUUGAAGGAGGCCAUGUUCACUCUGCUCUACCACCCUCCAGAGAAUCCUAGGGACAGUGGAGAAGUCUGACAUGUCGCUGCUGUAUGGAAGACCACCCUAGAGCCCAGGAGGCAGCGGGGGUUUUGCCUGGGGCACUGCUGUGGUGGCUCUGAACCAUCAGGUAGGCUCAGGAAUGCGUACCACAGGACGCAGAUGUCCUCCUGCCCAAGAGGAGCGUGUGAACACUUAUGGCAGCGAAACUCACACGAUGUUUACAGAACUGCUUUUGUAACUUCCAGAAUUUCUAACACAUUCUGUUUAAAACCUGUCAAAUGCAAUUCCAGAGUCUCUGAUGUGGGGACACGCACAGGGAGCAAGGGGUCACAUGGCUCUUAACCUGGUGCACACGUGGGCGACUUCGUAUCACGUUCCCAUGGCCUGUGUGUUCCCCCAGGCCCACUAAGGCCAGAGAUGCUAUUGCUUCUGUUCAUAUUUCAGUGAUUGGCUUUGUUCAAAAACUUUGUCAGCUAUUACUCAGUUUCCAUUUUUUAUUAAGAACUUCAUGUUCGCCACCUGUUAGGUUUACUACGCAGUCCUAGCCUCAUGGGGGCAAUGAAUAUCAUUUACCUGAAAAUAUGCAAAAUAACUGGUAUUAGAAUGAGUGCAAUAUUCUAUUUUUAUGUAAAAAUAAAAAUUAACUUGGGAUUAUUUAUUGAGCAUGAGACCUAAUAUGUACAUCAUGUUAGAAACCCAUCAUGCUAUACACAUUGCAGCAAACAUUCCUGUAUACCAGAUGCCCUCUUACCUUUGUACAUGCUGCCAUUUCAGUUUGGAAAUAAAUUUUGUAAAAAUA